GUCGUCCGUUCUCGCGCAGUUAUCCAAUGUCCGCAUACGCAGCCGAAGCGGGAGGUCUCCCAGCGCCGACGUCGGCGUCAUCCUCCUCGGCGCCGCGUAUCCCGGUCAUAUUUCGUCGGUUGCAUCGUUUCCAACAGAUGGCAAGUCAACGUGCUACAUACUUGUGCGGUGGCGGAUAUGUAUUCAUCUUGUCUGCAGGAUUUCGAGCUCGCGGCUUGGCAACUAACGUACUUGUGUAUUGCGCCCCGUCGCGUAUACCGAAAUGUGUACUUCCAUAAGCGUGCGUCACUGCACGCAUCCAGCGCGCGUUUCCGUGAAUAACCGGACGACUAGAAACUAAAAACACCUGGGCACGCGACGACCCUGCAAUUCUUCUAUUGCUUUCCGCGUGUCUCUGUGUAUCUGCCAUCGCGUGGUCGCUAGUCUACUCCCUCAGCAUUGCGCAAGCGCUUCGAUUGGCAGUUCUCAUGAUCCUACGCGACUUUCUGCUAUCUGGAGUGGUCGUUUCGACAAUAUUAUGGCAAACAUCAAAGACGUUCCUUCUUCCUUCCACUCCUCCCGCACCGACUCCAUCAUUCACUGGCGCGCGAUUCCCGCCUCCAACCCCUCGGCAUGAAACAGUAGAGUGGGCAUACACGUUUGACGUGCAUACAAACGCCUUCUUUCCGUUAUACCUAACGCUCUAUCUAGCCCAGCUCUUUCUUCUGCCUGUCAUCCAGAAGAAUAACUGGCUAUGUCUAUGGGUUGGGAACACAUUAUACCUUGCUGGGUUCGCUCAAUACAUAUACGGCACAUACCUCGGGCUGUCUGCUCUCCCUUAUCUGGCACACACGACUUUACUGUUAGCUCCGCUGCUGCCCCUUGGGGCAGCCUAUGUCGUGUCGCUGAUAGGCUUCCGCGUUGCCCCGUGGUUUCUUGCUGUGUACUUUGCUUCCUCAUAAACAGUAGAUAUGCCAUAAUACUAUUUAUAAGAGUAAUCACAAGCGCAAUUGGGGCAAACAUAGGUAGAUAGAGAUUAUUAUGUACAGGCAAGGAAUGGGCCGAGCGCAGCUCGAGCUCAUUGUAAGUGGUCCCACACUGUAGAGAUCAACUGCUCGAGAUGGGACAUGGCAAUCUCAUCUUCAUCUCCACGGAAUAGCCUCCACGGCGGAACAACAGUUCCCGAGAUACGAUCGAACUUGCGCAAAACCGAAUCCAAGUUGCGCCGUUCUGCGUGGGUCACGUAAGCAGCGGCCAGGAGGAGACCCUCGAGUGCCAGCUGUCGGUCCCGGGGGACAACAAACAAGACACGCUUGCGUGCGUCGGGAGCAAAGGGAUGUGGGCGGAGGAAGUCGAGGACAGACUGGAUGUGCCUGCGCUGUAGUACGACAGGAGUGACGAGAAAUUCAGAUUGGUCGUCGUCAAAGGGAGGAUCCGAGAGAAGAUGUGCAACAUCGAGAAGCUCGGACGACGGAAGGACAGAUUGCGUCGCAAGGAGAUCCGAGUAAGAAAUCGACGGCCAGGGUUUCUUGCCUCGCAUGUCGAGCAGAGAAUCCUCUAACGUGAUCUCAUCAUCCUCCUUCUCGAAGGCAUUCAAAAAUACGGGAACCGGCUUCCGCCGUACGUAGAGCUUCCGAUGUGGGGUUUUCGAGUGAGAGAAGUCGAUGUGUUGGUGCGUGUCGGCGAUCACAGGCAGGUAAUUCGACAGCUCGCUCAUGA